AUGGAGCCUUUCAAAGGCAGUGGGGGAAAACAAGGGGAAGCAGGGGGGAAAAGGAGGGAAUGCAGGGGGGGGAAGCAGGGGAAAGAGAGGGGAAAAGGGAAGGAGGGGGGAAACCGAGGGGAAGCAGAGCGGAAAGGAGGGGAAGCAAGAGGGGAAGGGAGGGGAAGCGGGGGGGGGAGAGGAGGGGAUGCAGGGGGGGGAAAGGAGGGGAAGCAGGGGGGGAAAGGAGGGGACGAAGUGGGGGAAAGGAGAGGGGCUACUGCUGGCAAUCCGUGGCCCGUUCGCCCCUCCCGCACCUGUCCGCUACGCUCGCCGCGGGCCCUCCCCUUGCGCCCGCCGUGCCUGCGCUUUGCGCCUGCUGCGGGCCUGCACUCGCUGCCCGCCGUCUCUCCCCGUGACACUCGCCGCGCCUGCCCGUGCCACCUGUCGCGCCUGCCCUUAGAGCCUGCCGCGGCCCUGCCCUACGUGCCCGCCGUGCCUGCCCUAAGAGCCUGCCACGGCCCUGCCCUACCUGCCCGCCGAGCCUGCCCUUAG